CACCGUCCAUCCCGUGAUGCCUGGGCAGACGGAGAGCUCCUCCGCUGCUGUGCCGUGCUACGGCAUCAUCACUGCCAACUCACAGGUGAGCGAUGGAUCAUUGAGUGAGGAGGGCACAGUGAGGGCAGCAGAUGGACGACUCACUUAGUGGCCAUCGUUGGUGAUGUGACUGGUGGCAAUGCGGUGUGGUGCAGAGCGGCCUCUCGUGUGCGCGGUAUCUGUGCGACACCCUGGACCUCACACACAUGACAGGUGCACUGCACUGACAGCACAAGACGGCGGCAGGGAGAGAGGGGGGGAGAGCGCUAUUCAAUUCACCUCAUUAGCUGCUUUAAUUCCACCCUCCCUCCCUCUUUGUGUGUGCAGGUGUAGUGAGAUGCAUUGUGCGCAGCGAGGACAAGAAGGGCAAGAUCCUCCACACACUGGGGAGGAAACAAGACGACCCACGGCUGCAGUUCCAUUGCGGGGUGGAUGCCGACGACGAGGCGUCGCUCCUGAGUGCCUUUGAGGGCUGCACGAGCCUCCUGGUCGUCACACCGACCACCGCCACCCGAGGCCCUCAGACGCAGAAGAUGCUGCACGCUGCCAAGAAGGCUAACGUCGCCCCAGGUUGGCAUGAUGGCAACAGACAAUUGCCGCUGACGAUUCAUGUGUGUGUGUGUGUGUGAAUGGCAGGGUGGGUGGUGGUGGUGUCGUCAUGGACUGUCAUGAUGAAUCAUCCGCUGUCCAUUGACCAAUUUGAGCACUCCGAGAAGGUCGCUGCCGAACUGUUCCCUCACCGCGCCGCCACGCUGCGAGCAGGCUACUUCAUGGUCGGCACACACAGUGACGCCGUUCGUGUGUGUCGAUGCGCCCGUGUGUGUGUGUGUGCAGUCGAAUUUCCUUGAAUUUGGCUCGUCGGUCAGGAAUGCCGGUUCGAUCUUCCUGCCCAUGAAAGACGCCCACUUCGCGCCUGUCGACCCUCAAGACAUUGGCGCCACCGCCGCGGCCAUCAUGCUGACGCCGCCCGUGUGGCCCGCAGCGCUGCGGGUGGUCGACGUCAGCGGGCCGGAGACUGUCACGAUGCAGGACGUCACACAUCUGCUGUCACAGAUCCUCGGUAAGUGGUAAAUAAGUGGAGUGGGUCACUGAGCCAGCGGGACAGACGACAGAGGAGAGAGAAGAACGAGUGUGUGUCAACCAACUGUGUUGUGUUGAUGUGUGUCUAUCUCAUCGUGUGUGUUUAUGUGUGGAUGCCAUCCAUCGAUGGUAUUGAUGUGUGGACUGGACUGCCCAUCAGGGAAGGAGGUGCAGUACGUGUCAGUGGAGCUGGAGCAGGGGAUGGCGGCGAUGCGCACCCACGGGGCGCCGGACUGGGCCGUCGACUUCGUCAGGGCGCUCAUCCCCUUCAUGUGGAGCGGCAUGAUCGAGAAGCCUUACCGCGAUGUGGAGAUCCUCACUGGACGACGCUCAACACUCAAGGUUUUUCUGGAGAGGCAUAAGGCCGUCUUUGAGUGAAUAGGAUAGGAUAGCCUUGAAGGAUUUGAUUGAUGUGUCUGUCUGGUGUGUGUCGUUUCUUUGUAUGUUCUCCUCUCGAGUGAGUGAGCUGAUCGAUCGAGGAGACUUUGACGAAUCAAUCGCCCGAUUGACCGACUGACUUUGGGCACCCGAUGCCAUCCCACGAGGAGGGAGGCAGGGGGCCUGCUCCUUUUCUCGAGCAGCCUAGCCUGCCUAGCCUGUCUUGUCAGACUUGCUGGUGUCAGUCAGUCAGAGGGGAAGUGUGGCAUUGACUGCAGUGAUUGGCUCUAUCUGCUGCAGUCACUGCAGCACUUCCUUUUUUGUGAGUGUGUGGUCUUCCUUCCUCACUCAGGUCCAUCUCAUCUUCUCUGGUGCACACAGCCAUCCAUCCACAAAUCCAUUGGUGUGCAGCAUAGGCAGCGUGGGUUUGGAUGGCCAUAGAAGGGAAUGAGUGAGUGCAGUGUGCAACGGUCUCUUCAAUGGCCCCAUCACGACUACCUCCACUAGUUGAGGGACUGACUGAAAGGUGUGUGGGUCUGCUCUUCAAUGUGAAAGUGAAUGCCUCACCCAAUCUGUGCGUGUGCAUCCGCUCACGAGGGACGAACGAGCAAACAAAGGAACGAAAGGAUCCAGAAGAUAAAGACAAGAUGCAAUACACACGGCUGAAACCUCCUGUCUCUGGAGCCGCAGCC